UAUACCUAGGUAACGACGGCUGCAAGCAGCCGGCGGCGGCGCGCGAUGUCACCCGCGCUAUGACGGCGCCACGACGAACCGACGACAGUGUCGAAUUACUGCCCCUCAAGUCCAUGCUAGUGAAUAACAACUACAGGGAAGAUGAAGCCUACUAUCCGCCCGCGCCCACCUUCAACCACAAUCCGUCGAGCUCUAACCUGUACGACUACACAUUGCUCUCGAAACGCACACCGGCCUCUAAACGUUUGCUGCGACCACAGCCAACACCGACACCGCUGCUGACACUGUGCGGGGCGCCGCCCCCGUCCCGGAAGCGCGAGGAGCUUACAGCCCUCGCCAACCUGAGGAAGAAAGUCGCUCCUGCACUGCUGCAUCACGCCAGGAGGACUUCAAGAAACAACAAUGACAAUUCAAACAAGGAAGACAAUGAACCAGAACAACUUGACAACAGACCCAAGCUUUUACAAAGGGUGCUCCAAAGUAGGCCAGUGAGCAUGGUGGUGCAGUGGAGCGAGGUGCGCACGGCGUGGCAGGACAGCGACUUCAUCACGGAGUGCCUGUGCUGGCACAACGUGUACCGACAAAGACACGGAGCACCGCAGCUGUAUAUGGCGCCUGAGCUCUGCGACUACGCCCAAGCGUGGGCCAACCACCUGGCACACACGAACAAGUUCCACUACAGGAACGACCGCGACGUGGGACAGAACCUCUACCAGCGACCCGUCAGCGACAUACAGCCAGACGUUACCGGCCAAGAGGUUUCAUCGUAUUGGUACGCCGCGGUCCGCCAGUACAGAUUCUUCAAGGAGCCAGACGUUCUACACGCGAAUGUCAACGCAGGUCACUUCACACAAAUGGUGUGGGUAGCGACCCGCUUCUUCGGCGUAGGCAAGGCGCGCUCCCGCGCCGGCAAGGUUAUCGUGGUGGCCAACUACUCUCCGCCAGGCAACAUCUCCGGACAAUUCGACACCAACGUGCUUCCCCCGCUUCCGGAAAACUUCCCGGACAUACAGCCGGAACAGUGACGACAGUUUUCCAUACGUGGCAGGCGGCUUAAGAUCGAUGCCACGUACUGCAGAAAGUAGACGGGACAUUUUUUUUGGUAUGCCACAUGACAUAAAUGUGUCACGUUAGUACAGUUUGUUUUAGAGUUGUUGGGUAAUAUUAUUAGGUUAUAGACGAUUAAAUACCGGCGUACAGUUCGACACCAAUGUGCUUCCCCCGCUUCCGGAAAACUUCCCGGACAUACAGCCGGAACAGUGACGACAGUUUUCCAUACGUGGCAGGCGGCUUAAGAUCGAUGCCACGUACUGCAGAAAGUAGACGGGACAUUUUUUUUGGUAUGCCACAUGACAUAAAUGUGUCACGUUAGUACAGUUUGUUUUAGAGUUGUUGGGUAAUAUUAUUAGGUUAUAGACGAUUAAAUACCGGCGUACAGUUCGACACCAAUGUGCUUCCCCCGCUUCCGGAAAACUUCCCGGACAUACAGCCGGAACAGUGACGACAGUUUUCCAUACGUGGCAGGCGGCUUAAACAAAUGACAUAAAUAUUAUGUAAAUGUCAUAAUAUGGAUGAAUUAACCACUCAUCCGUAAACGGGAUUACGUUGGUUUUAAACGUAAAACGAAGGUAAUUAUUAUUUAUCAAAAGAAUAAAUAUGUAAUUUUUUCAUUUAUGACGUUAUGUACACAUAAAUGAUUCAUACCCAAUAUAAACGUGAUAUGAGGUAAUUUACCGAGAUAUAAACACGUAAUUUUGCUGACAAAUAAAUACUAUUUUUAACCAAUAGCGUGGGCAAACCAUCCAUUAGCUUGAUUGAAAUCUCCGGUAAUUCCAGACACGUUUUUAUCUUGAAAACUUACACUACGGCCUCAGUUAUUUAAGUUGAGAAUUCCUCGAAUUGUAUUAAAGUUUAUCGCUUAAUGCGUAGGUAUAGGUAGGAUCUAGAAAUAACGGUUGUUUUGCCUGAGCUUAUAUUGAUUAAGAUUUUGCUAUUCUAAUGUUAUACGCACAUUUUAUACAAAUUAAUACAUCGAUAGAAACCUGCCAUUGUCCAAAUAAGAAUAAAAUCUAUGAGUAAUAAAAAUAAUUUAAAGUUAAAAUAUAUAUGUUGGCUACGAUUCGAUGUGAAACAUAGAAUUCGAAUAUUGAACGUAGCAGCCGUAGCGUCGCUACAAAACACUACGAAUCUAUAGCACUCGUAGCAUAGCUACAACGCUGCAGCACUCGCAGCGUUGCUACGACGCUACGACACUGCAUUUACUUCUAGGUUAGGUUAGAUACACAGGUGUGACGGCAACGUAUUAAAAGUUAAAAGUCGCUACCUGAUAAGGGUUAACAUUGGAUCUUUAUCUAGUGUCUUGUAUUAAAUGCGACUUAAUGGCCCAUCCCCACUUCAACAUCUUGCUCUGUGCAGGAACAGUUUUUUUGCAGGUGGGCCAAGCCUGAUUUGUAAAAUCCUGCUUUUACGAUAACACUUUUUAUAUUGUGUAAUUUAUCUUUGAUAAUGUGAACAAGGGUUCAGUAAACGGCACUAUACAACUAACGGCACAAUAGUCUAGUAGACUUCUUGUACUUAAACCUAUCCAUUGCAAUGGAGAGGAGCUCAGUGUGUUUGCUUUGACCAAUCAGAUUAUUGAGAAAUGACGUGGUAAAAUAAUCACAUCAUCUAUCAAUAAUUUGAUUGGCUACAAUGAGAGAAACUUUCUGACUUUCUUCUCCCAAAAGCUUCGUCUUCUUUCUUUUUAAAAGUGAUUUUUUUUACACGACUGCUUAAAAAAUAAGUGUGCUGGUUUCAUGGUUCAUGUGUAACUUUCUUCCACCGUAACUUCUAAAUGUCUGAACAGAUUUGAAUGUAUGGGAUAUCGAUAGGAUCCUCACAUCAUUAGCUAGUAUCAAUGACUUUGAAAAAACUAAAUAUUGCGGUUUCAGGAAGGUAUGGGACCAUUUUCUAAUGUUUUUUUCGUUCGUUCUAUGCAAGGCAGUCGUGUUUUUCAUUUUUCUUAAUUAAAACGUGUUAUUUAACGUUUGCGACAUACCGAAUCGGAAACUGCAAAAUUUCUACCGAAAUGAGAAAUUUAGGUCAGGUUUUCUCAAUGUGGAUGACCUGCUGAACACAUGUCCAGCUCCACUCCUCCUCAAUGGUAUAAGCUCCCUAAACCAUGCAUAAAUAUUUAAUCAUUCGCUCUUCCCUAAAACUUGAGACCCCGUCUUCCUCUAAGGUUGAUAUUAUAAUCUACACUUGUUACAUUUAUAACGCAAUAUUACUUGAGCUUUCUAUGUCGUCGUAAGUUAUACCUUAUAAUUAUAGUUAACUAGAAAAUCCUUUCAUUGCGUAAGUACGGGACGAAAAGAACAGAUUUUAUCCACUAUCGUAAAUUGCCACAACUGAAAAGAUUUAAUGAAAAUUAGCAGAAUGUUACACCCCCGCUGUGGGUGAGCGCGGGUGACGUGCGGGUGUGCAGGGCGUCCCCUCAUACCCCGAUUGCCAUCUCGACCUGUCGCGUAGAUCGAAUAAGAUAUAAUUUAAAGAAAAGGCUGUUUUGUUUUCAGUUCUUUAAGUACUUGGGUACUUACCUAAAUCGUAGUAAGUACCUUUUGAAAAGAAAUUGUUUUAGAAUAGGAUAUUGUUGAAAUUAGUUAAAACUAGAUAACUUAAAUAUUAAAUGUUUAGUAGGUACUUAGUACUUACUUAGAUAUUAAGCCUUGUGUAAACCAAGAGAGAAUUUUGAUUUCUAAUUAGACUUAACUUAGAAUAAAAAUGGCUCAGUUAGUAGUAUACUGUUGUGUGACAUCGAAUACUCAGCAAGUUGAUGUUUAGUACUUUAAUAGUAGGCUUUAAAAAUCUAGAAUACCUACUCCGAUUGAUCCGUUAAUUCUUUCACGGUUUAGAAAUAUUUGUUAAAUAAAUAAUAAUAAUUAAGUACCAAUAGAGCUUCUUACAGUAGUUGUAAGACAAGUUUAAUUUUUUCGAUUACGUACCUACUAAUAAUUUUAUCGAUUCUAUCUAAGGCUUUGCUAAUCUAUUUAUAAAUAGCAGAAAAAACUAUAAAAAAAGAUUCUGACAAAUUGAGAACCUCAUUUUUUGAAGUCGGUGUUAGAAAGAAGGAUGAAUGCAGAUUUUAAGUAAGUGCUUGCUUUAUUUUAUUGGUAUAAACAAUUGUAAAGACUGUGCCAAUUAAUUUUUGAUAAUUACUUUAUUGAUUUUGCAAAAAUUAAAAUAUAAGUAGGUAUACUUAAUUUACUUAAUAUCAUUAGUAUAGCAAUCAAUCUUUUGUAUUGGUUUGAUAAUAAUUGGUUUAUAAAUGUAAAACAAUUUUCUUGCCUAUACAUUAUAAAAUGUUUCUUAGCUCUUUAAAUAAACUCCUAAAAGGUGUGUGAAGUCUUUGUGAGGUAUGUUGUGACUACAGGUUAAACGCUUACACCCUACUCUUUCUAAGAGGAGACAUGCUCAAAUGUGGGGUAUUCCAUAACAUCUCGCUGGCUGGAGGUUGACUUAAAAACAUGUCAUUAUUUUUCAUAGAUCAAAUUCAGUAGAACGAAUCUGUAAAUAAUAACCUGGCCAACCUUCAUUCUUCUACAAUGAAAGGUGCCCCCAAGUGUAGGAUACAACGAUUUGGCUGUUAGGCAAGAAACAGUGAAGUUGUGACUUAUGAUUGAAACAUUAUAAAGUUUCUAAGACUUACUGAUGGAGAUGAUUCUAUUAGUUUCCAUUGUUUUUUUCAAGUAUUGAAUGCUAAAAUAAUCUGUUUACAUUAUCAUCAAUCUAUGGCUUCUUGAUUAAUAAUAAAAAUGGCUAAACAUAAAAGGUUGUUAUAUUAUAGUCAUAUGAAAUGAAACGAAAGAGAGAAAUAUGUUAUUUGUAUUUAUUGUUAAUUAAUCAAUGGCUGUGAAUUGUUAACUGUUAUACUAGAUAUGUGGCUUGGCAAUAUUUUAGUUAAAUAAAACAUUUAAAUUCA